AACAGCGGGAGCACACAGCUCCACCAAUCAGCGACAAGGGAUGAUAGUGAAUGGAAGUUUAGUUUUUUCGAGUUUGUCACAGAUCGAGGGAGAGAUUAACGGAGCGAAAGUGGGCACCGAAAAAAUUUAGUGGAAAAAGUAAAGACUUACAGACUUACUGUUUGAGACUGAAAACUAGCGAGGAGCGAGUUGAAAUACGACUAAACGAGAGCUCUCUCUCUCUCUCUCACUCUCCCUUAAGUCUGUGUCGAGGAGGGUAGCAGGUGUUCAGUUGAGGGAGACGCAUCGUCCCCCUCCUAAAAAAAAAAAGCCUCAACAGGGUGCCGGAGUCGGUAACGGCUAACUGGGGACAAAAACUCCCGUGAGUAUGAAUGGACAAUGAUAAACGUUUGCUGAAGUCACCGUUUCUUUCCCGUGUGGGUUGCUUUGGAGGACUGAAGACUGGAUAAAAAAGAAAAGAGGCUCCAGUGUCGCAGCAGCAGCAGCAGCAGCAGCAGCAGCAGUGAGAGUAACGUUACCGUCUCUGUUAUAACGGCUGUUUGUUUUCAAACCGUCGGUUACUUUUACUCCGUUGCUCGGUAACUCCUCUUCGGUAGUCUUUGUACAUUCAAAAAAAAGGGAGAAUAAGUUAAAGUUGGCGCUUAAAAACUUGUUAAAACCCUGUUUUUGUGUGUGCUAACCUGUUGUGUGGGUCAUUUUACCGUGUAAUCCGAGACGAGGGCGCAUUUUACGGGCAAGUUAGCCUGAUCUGAUAUCCGAAGCAAAGAGUCCCGUUGUGGCUGGAGACAGACAGACAGAGAGAGAGAGUGCGGCGGAUGGUUUCGACCCCGCGUCGGCUUGGGUUAACAGUUAAUUAGUAUACUUCAGAUAACAGACUGCAGCUUCUCCAUCACCGACCACACUUUGGGAAAAAAAGACUCCUCGGAGCGGUCUGUCCAGUCAGAAAACCAGGGGUGCUUACAAAAUCAAUUACUGGAUUGAUUUUUUUUCACAGCACACACACACACACAUAAAGCACGGAUGGAUAAUUUUACGUGUUUUAUUGCUUCUCUGUUAAUGCGACCGCUGGAUAAAAACAGCUAAAUGAUCCGCUGGGAUAAAUCCCACGGUAAAGACAUCAAAACAAGCGCGGAUUUGAUGGUUUGAUAGCAGAGAAUAAGCCGAUAAGUCUUUAAACACACACACACACUUAAAUGUAUUACUCGGAUCAAUCCAUAUGAAAAUGAGGUAUCGCAGCAGGACGCAGAAAUACACCGACUCCGCCACAGCACAGAGAGACCACCGUGCCGUUACACCGUGAAGCCGUACACUAGUGAGGGAAAGUCUCCGUUUCCUCCUCCUUCUCCUCCUCCUCCUCCUCCUCCUGCUGAGUUUUGGACACCGGAGCUGCGAACUCAGAGCGAGGGAGCUUGUCAGCAGUGACAGCGGCGGACUCCCGGAGCUCGGGAUCUUUCGCUUCACCGGGUAAAAGCGCUGGAGGUGCCCCGGCUCUGAAGCACUCUCCUUGGACUUCUUCCCAUUCGUGCGCAGGGCAGAAAGAAAGAGAGAGAGAGAGAGAGAGAGAGAGAGUUGCAGCAGCAAAGCACAAGCGGACACGGGCACUGUUGGUCCCCUCUCUCCCGCAUGGUGAAACGAGGGAUUUGCUGCUCUGAAGGGGAACGUGUGGAGGGACGCGCACCAGCAGGGAACCGCCAGAAGAUGAUGGGGACCGGGGUGACCUGGAGUGGGAGCCGGUGUCCGCUUCUUUUUCUGCUGCUGCUCCUCGGCAGCAGCUGCCACAUGUUGCACGGACAAGAGGUGGCUCCCUACCUGCGAGGGGGUGGGACGCGGCAGCAGGUGGUGUUGGAGGGAAACAGACUGGUGCUGACCUGCCUGGCUGGAGGCAGCUGGCCUCUGCAGUACUUCUGGACUCUCAACAACACCAACAUUACCGACUGGACACCACAGUACAGGUUAUCUAUCCCGUCUCUGAAGAGGACUGAUGCUGGCUUGUAUCAGUGUAUGGUGAGGAACAGGAUGGGAGCCGUCAUACACAGGAGAACAGAGGUGCAGGUGGCCUUUUUGGGGAGCUUCUCCGCCGAGGAGCAGAGAAAGACGGUGACACAGGGCCGAGCAGCCAUCAUCAGCCAGCCUCCCCUCGCUUCUUUCCCCCGACCUCUUGUCACGUGGUACAAAGACGGACACAAGAUAAUACCCAACAACCGAAUAGCAAUCACUUUGGACAAUCAGCUGGUCGUCUUGGCAACCACUGCAGCGGACGCAGGACGGUACCAUGUGGAGGCGGUGAACGAGAUGACAGGAGAGAAUGUGACGAGUCCCGCCGUCUACCUGAGUACCUCAGUUGGCAAGAAGAACCGCGGGUCAACAGAUCCUGAAUCAGAAGUUGUGGCUCCAACGAUUGUGAUUGGACCCAAAGACACAACAGUGGUGACAGGCAGCGAGGCUACACUAGAGUGCAUUGCUAAUGCCAGACCGGUGGACAGCCUCAUAGUGUCAUGGAAACGUGAUGGGCGUCGGCUGGCCAGUGGGCAUCGGCUCAUUAUUCCUGCCCCUACCUCUUCUGACACAGGGUUAUAUGUUUGUGAAGCAUUGCUUAGCAACAGCACUGCCAAACCUGUGGAGGCAAGGGCACACCUCACUGUAAUGGAGCCUCCUUCGCUGACUGCUCAACCUAAGAGAAAGAUCUUUGCUGAUCUCGACAGGAAUGUAGAUAUUCCCUGCCUGGCUACAGGCGUGCCCCAGCCCAGGAUAGAGUGGUUUAAGGAUGCGGUGCCUCUUUCCAAACUGGCCAACCCUCGUUACAAGGUCACCGCAGCAACCGGGCUGACGGUGCGAAGGGUGCAACCAGGAGAUGGAGGAAUAUUCCAGUGCCUGGCUCGCAACGCUGCCGGGGAAACCCAGGCACACACACAACUCCUUGUGUCAAGUGCGGCCCCCGCAUUUACAUUCCCUCCCUCUGACCAAACAGUAACUGAUGGCAACACAGCCUUGUUUACCUGCCAGACGACCGGCGCUCCAAAGUCCGCCAUCGCCUGGAGUAAAGGAUCACAGGUCUUAGCUAGUGGCUCCGUCCAGGUUCCCAGGUUCACGCUUUUGCAGUCAGGUGGUUUGGAGAUUCAGCCAAUCAGCUUCCAGGAUUCAGGAGAAUACACCUGCAUCGCCUCCAACUCGGAGGGAACCAUCAACGCCACCGCCACACUUACCGUCUGGAGUCGUACGGUAAUUUCAGUGCCUCCAACAGAUCGGCGUGUUAUCAAAGGAACCACUGCCAUCCUGCACUGUAAUGCUACACAUGACCCCAGAGUCAAUAUCAGCUUCAAGUGGGAUCGAGGUGGUGUGCUGGUCCUUCCCACCAGUGGAGGUCGAGUCUCUGUGCGUCAGGGUUCCCUCACUAUUGGCCAGACAUGGUCAGGUGACAUUGGGGAUUACACCUGCACCGUGACAUCACAGGCUGGCAACGAUUCUCGCUCUGCACGCCUCGAAGUCAUUGAGCUGCCGCACUCUCCUCGCUCUCUGACUGCUCGUCUCAAUGACUCCGACUCCCGCUCCGUCCUCCUGUCCUGGCUACGCCCCUUUGACGGGAACUCCCCACUUCUCUACUACCUGCUGGAGCUCUCUGAGAACAACUCACCAUGGAAGGUCUACCUAUCAGAGGUCGAUCCUGCGGUGACCGCAGUAUCGGUGGGCGGACUCACACCUGCCAGGACCUAUCAGUUCAGACUCUGUGCUGUCAAUCAAGUGGGCAGGGGUCAGUACAGCGCUGAGACACAGAGAUUGAUGCUGAGGGAGGAAGCACCCAGCGCACCUCCAAAGAACAUUGUAGCCAGUGGGCGGACAAACCAGUCCAUCAUGGUCCAGUGGCAGCCUCCACCAGAACCCCAGCUCAACGGAGUCCUCCGGGGAUACGUACUCAGGUACCGUCUGGCUGGGUUGCCAGGGGAUUACCAGGAGAAGAACAUCAGCAGCCCAGAGACCAACUACUGUCUGCUCAAAGAUCUGAUCAUCUGGACACAAUACCAGAUCCAGGUGGCUGCCUACACUGGAGCCGGCCUGGGCGUCUACAGCAGCCCUGUCACAGAGUACACUCUACAGGGAGUUCCCACAGCACCUCCGCAAGAAGUGGAAGUUGUAGCCAUCAACUCAACUACCAUCCGCUUCACCUGGAACCCUCCGCCUCAGCAGUUUAUUAAUGGCAUCAACCAGGGAUAUAAGCUGCUGGUCUGGCCAGAGCAGUCUCCAGAGGAUGCUACCGUGGUAACCAUCACUCCAGACUACCCCGGAGCACGCCACACAGGAUUAGUAAGCGGACUCAAGAAAUUCACCUGGUACUUUGGCUCCACCCUCUGCUUCACAACACCUGGAGACGGCCCCCGUAGCAUACCCACCCUACUGCAGACACACGAGGACACACCUGGACCUGUUCAUCAUCUGAGCUUCACUGAAAUCUUGGACACAUCACUCAGAGUCAGCUGGACAGAGCCUGAAGACAAGAACGGCAUCAUCACUGGUUAUGUGUUGUGGUGGGAAGUGUCCGGCGUGGAGUCGAGUCGUGAGGAACGUUCACUGUCCAACACCACCCUGCAGUACCAGCUGACUGGCCUCACCUCCACCACCCUGUACACACUACAGGUGGCAGCGCUCACUGCCGCAGGACGGGGCGUAGUCACAUCCUCCACCAUCUCCACCGGAGUCCCACCAGAACUUCCCGGUGCACCAUCUAACCUAGUCAUCUCCAACAUCAGCCCUCGGACAGCAACACUUCGGUUCCGCCCUGGUCCUGAUGGCAAGACCGCCAUAUCACGAUGGAUUGUAGAAGGCCAGGUAGUGAAGGAGGAUAGAAAGGAAGAGGUGUGGAGUGUUGUCUACCAGAAAGAUAACCAGCCAGAUGCAGACACACUGGAGAUCCCCAACCUCAGUCCGUUCACCCAGUACAGGUUCAGGAUGCAGCAAGUGAACAUUGUCGGCUCCAGUCCCAUGAGCGCCCCCUCCAGGGUGAUUCAAACCUUACAGGCCGCCCCUGACACACACCCCUCUAACCUCACCCUGCUGUCUGCCACACAGACCAGCCUGUGCUUCAGCUGGAAGCCUCUUCCAGAGUCUGAGUACAAUAGCAGUCCAGAGACUGUGGGAUACCGGCUGCGUGUGUGGAGGACAGACGGCCAGGGGGAGGACAGGACUGAGAAUGUGGAGGGAGCAGGGGGAACCACUGAAGUCACACUAGAGGGCCUGAAUCCCUGGACCCAGUACCAGAUUCAGAUACAGGCCUACAACUCUAUAGGACCUGGACCAUGGAGCAACACUGUCGCAGUACGCACCGCAGAAUCUGUUCCAUCUGGAUCUCCGGUGAAUGUGACCGCUGAGGCUGUGAGCUCCUCUAGGAUCCUGCUCACAUGGUCUGCACUAUCUCUGGCACAGAAGAACGGAGCCAUACUUGGAUACAAGGUGUUGUACAGCGAGAAGGACUCAGAAGGUCCCCCAAGUGUUCAGGUGGCAAAAGGAGAGGGGAGUUUGUCGUUGGUCCUUGGGGCUCUCCAGAAAUACACAGUGUAUGUGCUGCAGGUGCUGGCAUACACACAGAUUGGUGACGGCCCCCCCAGCAACCCUAUACUGCUCAGAACCAAAGAAGAUGUCCCCGGCCCCCCUGUCAGGAUGGUGUUUCCAGAAGUUCGAUUGUCAUCAGUUAGGGUGGUUUGGCAGCCACCCACAAACCCCAACGGCAUCAUAUUAGGCUACCAGAUCUCCUACCGUUUGGACAGCAGGGACCCUCAGCGCUGGACCACAGUGGAGGUCGGCUCCAACGCUAGACAGUUCACCGUCACAGGACUUUCCCCUGAGCAGACCUACGUGUUCCAACUCACUGCUCGCACCGCCGUGGGCUGGGGCAAAGAACAAGAAGCCCUGGUUGUUACCACUGAACGCAGAGAGCGCCCCCAGCCGCCCAGGAAGUUGUCUGUACCUCAGGACGGAGUUGAAUCUCGCUGUGUCCGCCUCCAUUGGGUGACGGGUGGCUCAGGCUCCUCCCCCUUAAGAUACUUCACUCUGCAGGUCAAAGAGCUGCCCAGCGGGGACUGGAACGCGCACACUGCUGACAUCCCGCACAACGUGACCACCUGGAUCGCUGACAGGCUGAAGCCCUUUACAUCAUACAAGUUUCGGAUGCUGGCCACCAAUGAUGUAGGAGACAGUGUCCUCAGCAAAGAGACUGAGGCUGUUACAACUCUGCAGGAUGUGCCUGACGACCCUCCAGUGAUCCUUGCAGUGAAACCAACAACCACUACCUCAGUCCUGGUGCAGUGGAAGCGUCCCAGUGACGACAGCAUUAACGGGAUGUUGACUGGAUACCGGCUGUAUUAUAGAGAGCUCCCAGUAAACACCUCCACUUUCACUGAAGCAGAAGUCCAGGCAACCAGAAACAACACCACAAGUGCCUUCAUUACAACCAAGAGCACCUUUAAGACAGUCAGCAGUGCCUCUCUAACGGAGUUUGAGUUGACACAACUAAAGAAGUUCAAACGCUACCAGAUUGUUAUGACAAGCUACAAUAUCAUCGGAGAGAGCCCACCUUCCACUCCAGUUGAGGUGUCUGUUGGAGAGGCGGCUCCAUCGGUGGCCCCUCAGUCCAUCAGAGUAUCAGCUGUGUCUCCCUCCAUCCUUGAAGUGACCUGGGACACACCCCCCCUCGAGACUCAAAAUGGACUCAUCCAAGGAUACAAGAUCCACUACUGGGAGAGGGAUAAACAGAACCAGAGUGAGAAGGUCAAAGUGAUUUUUGUCCCGGACACGCGUGUGCAACUCACAAACCUGACCAGCUACACACCUUACCUGGUCGCCCUGACUGCCUUCAACACAGCUGGAGACGGCCCACCCAGUGACCCCCGAGGGGCCCGCACCUUGCAGUCUGCUCCCAGCCAGCCCAGUUAUCUGUCCUUCUCAGAGGUGACAGGAGGAAGUGUCAAUGUCUCCUGGGGAGCUCCACUCACUCCUAAUGGACAGCUAGAAGGCUACAGAGUCAUCUACCAGCCUACUGCUCCUGUACAAGGAGUGAGUAAAGUGGUGACAGUGGACGUGAGAGGCAGCUGGCAGCGAUGGCUGAAGGUUCGAGACCUUACCAAAGGAGCAACGUACGCAUUCAGUCUUCAGGCUCUCACCGUCAGCUACGGACCGCCAAUACAAGCAAACAUCACUGCUCAGCCUGUGCAAGGCUCCCCUGGGUCACCCAUGGAGAUGUCCAUCACCAAGACAUCCUCUGCGCUCACUAUCCACUGGACAGAGGGAGAUACCGGUGCUGCACCUGUGACUGGAUACGUUAUCGAGGCUCGUCCGUCAGAUGAGGGAGUGUGGGAUUCCUUCAUCAGACAUCUCCCUCCCAGCAGCAGGUCUGUUUCAGUGCCGCUGGAGCGCCUGAGGUCGGGGAUCAGCUACGAGUUCAGAGUUAUUGCUGUUAAUCGCUAUGGUUACGGACAGCCGAGUACACCCUCCACUGCUCUAGCUGCGCUGUCAGAGCGUCCAUUCUAUGAGGAGUGGUGGUUCCUGCUGGUCAUGGCUCUGGUGGGACUCAUCCUCAUUCUGGUCCUGGUCUUCACUCUACUGCUGCAUGGACACAGCAACAAAUACAAAGCCUGCGGCACAGGGAAGCACGUGUCCACAGCGGAGGAGUCGGUAACACUGGACAACGGAGGUUUCACAGCUCUGGAGCUCAACAGCAGAACGCUCAACACCAAGAACUCCUUUCUGAAGAAGAACGGGACGAGGUCUCCUCCCAGGCCCAGUCCAGGUGGUCUGCACUACUCUGACGAAGAUAUCUGUAACAACUACAACGGAGCCGUGCUCACUGAGAGCACCACGCUCACAGAGAAACCCACGGAGGUCUCUGAAUCUGAGUUAACAGACAGCGACUACGAGGACGAGCAGCCAAAGCACUCCUUCGUCAACCACUACAUGAGCGAUCCUACUUACUACAACUCCUGGAAGCGGCAGCCCAAAGGCCUUAAAGGGAUCGGCACUCCUUUCGGCUACGAGGAGUGUGCCACUGCAGACACGGAGCCCUACUACCAGACCGUGGUCACCCAGCACAGCACAGGGGGGGCGUACACACCCACGGGGCAGCCUGCGCACACGCACGUCAACCCCAACACCAACCCGCCGGGGUCACGCACCCCAGUGACGGGAUUCUCCUCAUUCGUUUGACUCUAGAGACAAGAUCUGCACAAAAAGAUACACGCACACCUACACAAAAUGAAGGAGAGGGGCCGGUGUGUGUUUAGACUGAAGGAGACAGAGCCGGCGGCUUCGGAGUAGAGGGGAGGACGAGAUGAGGAGACGUGGGACGGACUGGUGAUGAAACAGCCCUUCAUGCCCCAAAGAACUAAACCUACACUUCUCACUCGCCUUCUCCCCUUUGUUCACAAAGAUCCUCACUGUGUCGACAAGUGUGUGUGUUGCUCUCCUACUCUUUUACGCCUCUGUGUCACUGUGCUACACACACAGUUACUGUUCUUGUUUCCACAAACACACACACACACACACACAUUCACCGAUAUUCAUGCCUAUUCCUGAGACUCUCUAACGAGAGCUAAGAGCGCUGACUACGUGAGUCGGUUUGUAUAAAACGUCGAGGAGGGAAUACAACUUCGGAAGUGGUGGAACCUGGAAUUUCUGCACAACACUUCUUCUUCUCUGUUUUCUGUAUUUACACAUACGUGCACAAAUACACACAUGUACUCGCUGAAUGCGCCAUUUCAGCAUCUCCCACCUGGGAGACGGGAACUUCGAGGAGGUUGAGGCGAAUUAUUAAAAGACGGCACAGAAGAGAGCAGCUUUCGGUGACAGACUGGUUCAUGUACACAAACACAAAGCUGUCGGCUUUAAAAUACCACCACCACGCAGAGGAAAAGAAGAAAAAAAAAUCAAUAAUCAGUUUGAACUUGAUAAAGGACGGAGAGUGAGUGUGGGCGGAGGUCCUUCAGAACUUAAGGCAUUUUCAGAGAGAGCUUUGUGUGGUUUCUGAGAGCGAUAUGUGAUGAAAACCAUGUUUUUUUACUGUCUACUGCCUGUUGUCAGAGCUCCUCACCACAGCCACCCAAGCCAUAAUGCUUGCACUGAGCCGAACGCUAAACAUUUCAUCUUAAUUCAGUUGAAAUUUAAUUUAAUUUUUUUUUAUUUUUCAGUUUGAGUGUGAGUGUGACACACAAGCAUGUGUGUAUAAACAGCUCCAUGUUCAGUUUAUAGAAGCCUGUUCAUCCUUCUCUGUUGUUCACUGCUAAGCAAAGCGUGCCAUUGUGUGUGUGUUUGUAUUUUUAAAGAUGGAUUUUGUACAGGGAAGCCCUUUUUACUGUGCGCUGUCGUUUGUAGUUUGGCCACGUUUGUGUUACUCAAAGCAAAUAGUGAAACGGCACUGGAGAAGGUGCUCGGCUGCACAGAUCGAUAAGAGGAAAAAGGAGGAGACAGGGUCAAGAUCAUUUAAUAAGAAUCAUAAAAAAAUAAGAUGCAGUGAAUGAGUGUGGAGCAAGAUUACAGGAUAUUUUAGAGAAUCAUUCUUGUUCAAACUGAGUGUGAUUGUCCCUGCUGUCUGUACCCUGGCCUCACUUCCGGGCAGCCAGGUACACUCCUGUACUUUGUACUUCCCUUCAAGUGCAAACAAAAAAAAAAAUCAUCUGUAAGUUUUUUGCUUAUGUAUAAUUUAAAGAUUCUCCUCCCAGCAGCCUCCCUCACUCUGUCACGCUUGUUUUUGAGUCCCAUACAGUGUGUGAAUAAAUGGUCAUUGUUUAA